CCCCAGCGUAUAUAGGAGCGUGCUCCGCGACUAGUUCAGUUCCCAUCGGCGAUCGGCUCCAUAGAGUACAUCACUGCGAAAGCGUAAUACAGCCACCCAGAUCUCUACAGAAGUUCUCUACAAUGGCCCACUUACCAGUUAUAGUUUUUCUCUUUGUCUUGGAAUGUAUAGCCGCAAAAUACGUUUUACCAGAUGUUCCAUGGUAUGCACACGACAUUCCCCAGACGGAAUUUGGUGAGGGCGAAGUGUUCCCAUCUGCCAACUCAGAAAAGCUUAUAACAGCGCAAACAUCGAUGGCUGAGAUAAAACGAUUGUUCGAAAGUGUAGAGCAGAUGUCUGUCCGAUCGGACGAGUCUACAGAUGAAUCUGAGGGUCCAAGGGCUUGGUACAAACCACAGCAGGACGAGACACUUCAUGAUGAAAGGAUUAAGUUGUGCAUCGACCUGAGGGACUGUAACAAAUAUAAAGACGAAUGUGACGACGAUUCUAUAUCCAGUUACAGAAAGAAAUUUCUCAGAAAUAACUGCGCUUACACUUGCAGGCGAUGCAAGGCACCGAGUCCUACCGCAGAUUGUGAGGCUCGCAAUUCAAGGUAUGGAUGUUGUUGGAAUGGACAAGAAGCAUUGGGUCCGCAUGAAAAAGGAUGCUUACCUUGUGAGGACACUUAUCCACGAGCUUGUCGGCUGUUUAAGACCUGCAAUUCUCCGUUCUACAACGCUAGAACCUUUGGAGAAACUCACUGUCCGAAGAAAUGUGGAAAGUGUGGAAAGUGCUUUGAUGAAAGAAUGACCUCCAAUUGCGAGAACUGGGCAGGAAGAGGCUUGUGUACGGGUAUAAGGGGAUGGAAAGCUUACAUGGAAGAGAACUGUAGAAAGACAUGUGGUUUCUGCAAAUCCAGCGAAAGUGCUGUUAGUGUGAGGACCCUCCUUGGGAUAUGACUAGGGUGAUUGGGACCCUCUACUUGCUACAAAGAAAUAAAGCUUUUGUUUGUAAUCAACUCUACAAAAAAAAAUUCAGUUUAGAAACUAAAAAGAAACAUCUUCGUAAUAGAUUUGUAAAAAACUUGCUUGUAGAUAGUUGCUAUAGAUUGUUGUGUAGUUGCCAACUGUCUGAGGCGCCGGCGGUGAAAGCCUCUCAAAUCGUUACAAUUCCAAAGAUAUGAAUUUGAGGGUAUUAUCGAAUGUUGCUGUUUGUCUUGUGUUAAAACUGUAAAAAAAAACCAUAUAAUACACAUGUAGGAAAGGCAAUCAAA